UUUCAUAUUUUCAUUGUGGUCGCACUGCGGAAAUCUCGUAAGCCCUAGCUCCCCUAUAUUUGAUUUAAUUCAGCUCCAAUUGUUGCCGUCUCCGGCCUCAUCCUGUUUCGUCGUUAUCAUUGUCUUGGCAUCUCCAUUUUCCUCUUUCAUCAGUAAGGGUAUAUCCUUCUUCUGCCUUUGUACUCCUCAGGAGAAAAGGAAACAGCAUUGAACACUAGGAUCUCAUACAAAUUUGUGGCUGGUUGUCUUCAAUUCUAAGGAAAGGACAACAUGCAAGUUGUUCCAGCUGAAGGUGAAAAUGCAUUGUUAGCUGUUGGUCCAAGGCCAAUGGAAUGGUCCACUGUCCCAUAUAGGGCUCCCCAAGCUCCUGGGCCUAAUGGAAAACUGCGAACAUCAAGCUUGGUCUCCCCAAUCAUGUUGCUGACAGGUCAUCAGAGUGCUAUAUACACAAUGAAGUUCAAUUCAGCAGGAACAGUAAUUGCAUCUGGAUCUCAUGACAAAGAAAUUUUCCUCUGGAAUGUGCAUGGGGAUUGCAAGAACUUCAUGGUGUUAAAAGGUCACAAAAAUGCUGUUCUAGAUCUUCACUGGACUACAGAUGGGACUCAGAUAGUGUCAGCUAGCCCAGACAGAACUGUGCGGGCAUGGGAUGUUGAAACAGGAAAACAAAUAAAAAAGAUGGCUGAACAUCUGUCAUAUGUGAAUUCAUGUUGCCCUUCUCGGAGGGGGCCACCUCUUGUUGUCAGUGGUUCUGAUGAUGGGACUGCUAAACUAUGGGAUAUGAGGCAAAGGGGUUCCAUUCAGACAUUUCCAGAUAAAUACCAAAUUACAGCCGUCAGUUUCUCUGAUGCAUCAGAUAAGAUAUUCACUGGCGGUAUUGAUAAUGAUGUCAAGGUUUGGGAUUUGCGUAAAGGUGAGGUAAUAAUGACACUUCAAGGUCAUCUAGAUAUGAUAACAGGCAUGCAAUUGAGUCCUGAUGGUUCCUAUCUUCUAACGAAUGGCAUGGAUUGCAAGCUAUGCAUAUGGGAUAUGCGCCCUUAUGCCCCUCAAAAUCGCUGUGUGAAGGUAUUGGAAGGGCACCAGCACAACUUUGAAAAGAACUUGUUGAAAUGUAGCUGGUCACCUGAUGGAAGCAAAGUCACAGCUGGUAGCUCAGAUCGGAUGGUUUACAUAUGGGAUACCACUUCACGACGCAUCUUGUACAAGCUUCCAGGCCAUACAGGAUCUGUUAAUGAGUGUGUAUUUCAUCCCAAUGAACCUAUUGUUGCGUCUUGCAGCAGUGAUAAGCAGAUUUAUCUGGGGGAGAUCUGAGGCUUUGACAACCAUACGCAAGAGUUCUGCUUGUAUGUGCCUGUUGGAUUCUGGAGAUGCUGAUUCACUUGUAUUUGGGGAGAUCUGGGUCGCUUAGUAGGUCAAUUUAGUGACUGUAAUAUUCUGGUACAGCAUUUUCUCUCUCGUUUUGUUGCUGAACAUGUCAUCUAAGCUUUAGCAUCUGGUAAGGUGCCAUUGUUUGACAUUGAACUUCAGGGGCUUUUGUUUUGAUCUAAUAUUGUUGGUGAUAGCCAUAUCGCUCUGAAAUAGUCUUCCUAGGUGAUGUAAGAACUAAGAAUUAUGGCUGUGUCAAAAUUCUCGAAAUGGAGCAUUAGGAAGGUGAAGAGGAUGUUCUCUCAACCUAAAAAUAUCUUUAUGGUCGUUUGUUGCAAGGAAAUGUUGUUUGAACA